AUGGCUUUCCAAGUCGGAAAAGCUCGCAAGAAGUAUAAAGUCUUUUACCCUACGCUCUACGCCCUCGAAUCGGAAAACAAAGAUGCCAAACUCUUCAACUGUGUUCAGAGAGGGCACCAGAACUCGCUGGAGCUGAUGCCCAUGUUCUUCGUGUUGCUGAUAUUGGGAGGGAUGGGCUAUCCUUGCGUUUCCGCUGCUCUCGGCCUUGUUUAUAUCGUAUCCCGUUAUUUCUACUUCACCGGCUAUGCCACCGGCGAUCCCAAGAACCGUCUCACUCUUGGGAGAUUUGGGUCCUUGGCAUUGUUGGGGCUCAUGAUCUGCACCGUUUCGUUUGGGAUCAAUCUGCUUCGACCAUGAUAAUGGACUUUGCAUAAACAUCUCCCCCUUUGGUUUAACAAUUUAAUAAGUUCCUUUAGUGUAUGCAGGCUUUGAUGGGUUUUGGGUGUUCAAUUUAGUCCCUUUUUUACUUCAAUGUUAUUGUCUAUGCAUCCUUUUUAUGCCAUAUUAAUAAAUAUUUUUUUAUUUAA